AUGAAAGCCUGCUUCCUCCUGAUUACUAUACAUAAUUUAGUUUAUGGCAUCAACUAUUCCAUAAGAGGAUAAAGUAAUCUUCUCGAUUUAGAUACUGAUAAUGAUAACUUGUAAAUUAAUGAAGGAUUUAGAGAAGCUGCAGAUCUCAUUUUUGGAACUCUAUUCUAAUAUAUGCCCUUUAUGGUGUUGGCUCUUAUAUUUAUUUAUUAUGCAAAUAAAUUCUUUCCAACCAGAUAGCCAAAAAAGAUUUUGAAAAAAUUGCCUAUCCAAAAACGAUGA